UGUCUCCCCCUCCUCAUCCCAUCUUCUUCUUCCUCCUUUCUUCCUUCUUCUCAACCUCAUCCUCAUUCCUCUUCUUCUUGAACUACCUCGGAUUCAUCCCCAAUUCCCCCUCUUUCACUCACCAUGGCCGCCCCUCAAGGAUAUCCUUUCCUCUGCCUCGAGAACCCCCUUCUGGACAUCCAGGCUCAGGGUGAUGCUGCUCUCCUGGAGAAGUAUGGCCUGAAGGACAACGAUGCUAUCCUCGCCGAGGACAAGCACAUGGGCAUCUAUGAGGAGCUCCUCCAGAAGGAUGCCAAGCUGAUUGCUGGCGGUGCUGCUCAGAACACUGCCCGUGGUGCCCAGUACAUGCUCCCCGAAAACUCCGUCUGCUACAUUGGCUGUGUCGGCAAGGACAAGUACGCCGACAUCCUCAAGGAGGCCUGCACCACCGCCGGUGUCCACACCGAGUACCGUGUCGAUGAGGCCCAGCCCACCGGCAAGUGUGGUGUGAUCAUCACCGGCCACAACCGUAGCAUGUGCACCCACCUUGCUGCCGCCAACGAGUACAAGCUGGAGCACCUGAAGCAGCCCCACAUCUGGUCCCUCGCCGAGAAGGCCCAGGUCUACUACAUCGGUGGCUACCACCUGACGGUGUGCGUUCCUGCCAUCCAGGCCCUGGGUGAGGAGGCCGCUGCCAAGAACAAGAUCUUCAUGCUCUCUCUGUCCGCUCCCUUCAUCCCCCAGUUCUUCAAGGACCAGCUCGACACCGUUCUGCCCUACACCGACUACACCUUCUGCAACGAGACCGAGGCUCGUUCCUACUCCGAGAGCCACAGCUGGGGCACCGACGAUGUCGUCGAGAUCGCCAAGAAGCUGGCUCAGCUGCCUAAGAAGAACACCAGCCGCCCCCGCGUUGCCAUUGUCACCCAGGGCACCGAUCCCACCGUUGUCGCCACCGCCAAGGCCGACGGUGAGGUCGAGGUGAAGCAGUUCAACGUCCACGAGAUCCCCAAGAGCAGCAUCAACGACACCAACGGCGCUGGUGACGCUUUCGCUGGUGGUUUCUCUGCCGGUAUCGUGCAGGGCAAGUCCCUGGAGGACAGCAUUGACAUGGGCCAGUGGCUCGCCAGCCAGAGCAUCCAGGAGCUGGGUCCUUCCUUCCCCUUCCCCAAGAAGACCUACACCCCCUCCAAGCAGUAAACUCUGCAAGCCAAUGACAGGCUCCAUCCAACUAUAAUCAAAAAGUACCGGAGUCGGAGUCAGUCAAGCCUCUAGCUUGAACGUUCCCCCUUUCCUUUGUCUUUUCUUUAGGAUUUUCAACCUCUUAUACCCAAUAUGUUCUUGACUUAACGUCUAGACUUCAUCUCAUCAACACGAAAUUGUGGGACAGAAACGUGCUCCGUUACUUUACCUUGGGAAAUACGAUGGAUUCACAGGAUAGAUGGACAGGAGUUGCGGCAAUGACGUUCUCAACAACGAAUCUAAUGAUGUAUAUAAUUGAACCGAUCGAUCUAUCGGACUUGAUUCUUCUUACA